AUGGGGAGUUCCAAGCACCCGCUGCAGCACGAGGGAGAGAGCCGAGUGGGGCGCAGUUUUCGGGGAGCGACGGUCCGAUACCCCCGGCUAUGGGGGCGCCUCCAUCACGUCCCAAAUGCCAAGGAAAAGUGCGGGAGGGGGGAGAAGACGCGCGCCAAGACGUCAUCCGGGGCCUGGCUGGACGCGCUGGGCGGGGCGCACCGCGGGGCGGGCUCUCUCUCCCUCCGGCAGGCCGAGGCGACUCCCGGCUGGGUCACUGUCGCGGAAGCUGGCCCGUCCGCUAUGGCCGCGGGGAGCGCCCCGGGGUGGGCCGUGGGGGCCCUCGGAGUGGUUUGCCUGUUGCUCCGGUUGGAUUUCAUUAGCUGUGAUUCCCAAGUAAUAUAUGGAGCUGUGAACAAGAAUGUAACUUUAUACGCAUCAAGUUUUAAACCCUUUAAGGAGAUCGUGUGGAAAAGAGGAAAGGAUAAAGUUGUAGAAUGGGAUGACCAAUCUGAAGUCAGAGCUUUUCUAUCUUUUAAAGAUAGAGUUAAAUUAGACAUUGUGUCGGGUAACCUCACAAUCUUCAAGUUAACACGAUCAGACGAAGAUGAGUACGGAAUUGAAUCCCCAAGUGUUAGAAAUAACAGCAAGUUCACCCUCAAAGUGAUCGAGUCUCUUCCAUCACCAGCACUAUCUUGCACAUUGACUGACGGGAACAUUACACUCCAGUGCAUGAUCCUGGAAGCUUACGACACCCAUCUAGAACUCAUACAGUACUCCUGGGACUGUCCUUCAACAAUACAGUGUCAGAGUGGCUCAAAACCAUCUGAAGCGUAUGUUACGAAGGAAGGUGAUCUUUCACAGGAAAUUCAGUGUAUCAUUAGCAAUCCGUUAUUCAGAAGGACAGCGUCAAUCAUUUUGUCAACCUGUGUCCCAAGUGACAAUACAAGGCACAGGUUUGUGCUUUUAACCAUACUGCCAGUACUAAUAUGUGGUUUGCUGUUUAUAAAAUGUUUUCUGGGACGCCCAUAGCAGAUAAACACAGAGAACUAGCACCUGUUGUUUGGUAACAGAAGAUGAAGUCAAACGCAUGCUAAUUAAGUUAUUUCAGUCACUGUGAGAAGGCAUCUGAUUUACCAUUUGAGUAUUACCUCAUCCUUGAGGAAACUUUGGAAGUCUAACCUGAAUGGACCCUUUAUAAGAAGCAAUGUUUCAGGACUUCCCUGGUGGCGCAGUGGUUAAGAAUCCGCCUGCCAAUGCAGGGCACAUGGGUUCAAUACCUGUUCCGCGAAGAUCCCACAUGCUGCGGAGCAGCUAAGCCCGUGCGCCACAACUACUGAGCCGGCGCUCUAGAGCCUGCGAGCCACAACUACUGAGCCUGCGUGCCACAACUACUGAAGCCUGCACGCCUGGAGCCCAUGCUCUGCAACAAGAGAAGCCACUGCAAUGAGAAGCCCGCACAUUGCAACGAAGAGUAGUCCCCACUCGCCACAACUAGAGAAAGCCCGUGCACAGCAACGAAGACCCAACACAGCCAAAAAUAAAACAAAUAAAUAAAUUUAUAACAACAAAAAACAAUGUUUCAUGGAAGAAACAAGGACUAACAAACAACAGACAUUAGUUUCUACUCCGUCACCAACACACAGUAUCACCAGAUACUGUCUUGUCCUGCAAUUGUUUAUUAUAAAUUGUAUUUUUGGAGAAAUGUAAAUCUUUGUAAAUAAUGUAAGUAUGUAUAUAUAUAUAUGUGACUAAGUGGCUCUUUUUUUCUUGUUAGGGUUGUAAAACAAAAUAGUCACGACUCAUGAGGUGAAGGUUUUUUACUAAAAUCUAUAAUCCACUCCUCUUGUUUUAGAGGAAAAACAGUUCGUUGCAGGAUCAGUAGCAUAGUAGUUUAUCAUGUUAGCUGUCACAUUGGCAGGUAAACAGCAGAGAACUCUUAAACCAACUAUACUCCAAUAAAAAUUAAUUUUAAAAAAAUUAAAAUUUUAAUUGUAUAUUUAGAGAAUUUGUUUCGGAAGCGUAAGUUUAUCAUUCAUUAAAAAAUACAUUUCUGUUGUACAAUGUGCAUUAUCUGUAAAUUAUGAGACU